CACGUGGAAGGUGGAAAACAGAGCUCUGAGCCCGAGCCGCAACUUGGCGACGGGAGAGAGAGGGAGAGGAGGGGGUCCACUGGGGAAUGAGGAGCUCGCUGCCGCCCAGCAGGGAAUCCGCCUGAAGGUGCUGAGCGAUCCGGCUCCGGCUCCGGAUUGAGUCCCGGAGCGGCAGCGAUGAGCGUGCGGCUGCUGCGCUACCUGUUGCUGGACUUGCUGGGUUUCUGGUGCCCGGUGUUGGACCGCAUGGCCCAGGCGAAAGGGGGCCGGCAGCUCGGCCCGCUCCUGCUGGGCUCCAGCUCCAACAGCUCGGCCAGACUGGAGCUGCCAGCCACCCCGGACCGCUGCAGGGGCUACUUCGAUGUGAUGGGUCAGUUUGACGCAGCGUUCAAUUGUAACACCAGUAUCUACCAGUACUGCUGCGGGACAUGUGGUUACCGGUACUGCUGCCAGUUUAAAGAGUCCCGCCUGGACCAGAGCAUCUGCUCCAACUAUGAUACCCCGAACUGGGCGAACGUGGGCAAGCCUCCGCAGAGACCGGACGACAAUGUGUUUGACCAGACCCGAGAUAAAACCAACUUGAUCGUCUACUUCAUCUGCGGCGUGGUGGCCGUCAUGGUGCUGGUGGGAAUUUUCACCAAGCUGGGCCUGGAGAAAUCACAGAGACCCCAGAGGGAGCUGAACUCCAGGGCUCUGACUGAUGUUCUGAAACAGCAGGGUCAGUCUCCCAGCAAUCAUGUUGAAAGAGAUGGGAAGGUAGCGAUUCACGUGCAGCAUGAAACCAUGCAGCCAACAAGCUCCAGAAACACCUUUGACCAGACACAGAUGAAUAAUGCGGGACCCACCUACCCUCUGAUCUCACAGAUGCCACAGCCCCAUUCCUACCCCUCUUUGGGACAAGGCUCACAUUCCUUUGAGCAGCAAGUCCCAGGCAAAGAGUUGAAUAAAUACGCCUCGUUAAAACUCGUGGCUGAAAAGGCGAGCGAUGACUUCUUUGCGAAGCGCCAACAUUUUGCAGAGCUGGCCUCGAAGGGGAGCCUGCCCUUGCAUCCCGUGGCAAUGCCAAUGGAUCACGAGGACCCCAUGCCCCGUGCCAACACCUACAACCCCAAGCUGACUGGACAGAGGAACAAAAUGACCAAGAUGCACACGCACCCGCUGGUCUUCGACGCUGAGUACAAGACGUGGGACCCGAGCGAUACGGCUAUCCGCAGGCAAACCUACGCCAACAAGAGACCCUGCACAGUGGGUCCUCUGGUAGAGAAAGCCAGCCCUCAGCCACAGCAUUACACAGCAGCACCACAGCCAUACUUUGUAACCAACAGCAAAACCGAAGUGACGGUGUGAUGGUGAGCAUCCUUUCUGUUUCCCACAACAGAAAAGGAAGAGGAGGCUGCUGUUCCCAAGAGCUACCUGACUGAGAACUGAACUAUUUUUGGGAUGAACUCAUGCUGUUGUUUAAUCCGAAUAGGUUGGGCUGAAGUCCGAUCCGGAGUGGAUCCGAAGUCUGCAAAAUGAGCAAUACACAUCAAAGGGUUCAAUAACGAUGGACUUUGUGUUCGUGUAUCAAAACAAAACCCACACAUUUAAAAAAAAAUUACAAAAAAAAAGUGAUUUUCUUUAAAACAGAAAUGACCGACUUUGAAUGAAUUCACUCUGGGUUUUUGGUUCUUGAUAGUUUUUGAGACAAGGAAUCGCUUUUGGGAAUGUUUAAGAGAAUGGGGAGCAUGUCUUAUUGUUGUUUUGUAACCUCCUCAACAAAUUUGGGAAAAGUUAGGGAGUGGAUAAAACAAAGCCCCCUCCCCCGUCUUAACUGGCAAUCCUCCUGGUCACCUUCGAGACCCUGUGCUGGUCUUAGGCUCUCUGGGAAGGCUGGGUAAUAUAGGUUGUGCCUUCGUAGUGGAGAAUGAUGCUUCAUACAGCUAGCCGCACAUCCUCUCCAUCUCCCUUCUGAAUCUCUGCUGAUGUUGCUCCCUGUGUUCUUCUGCAGAAAAAGGGGUCAAAUUGAUGCCAACAAGACAAAUCAGAGGUCCCCACCGCCACUCCCAUCCCAAUAUCCAGGCAGCAGACAUUGGUGGGAUUUCUCUGUUGGUGAAUCAACAUGAUGGCCUCUCUCUCUCUCUCUCUCUCACACACAAACCAUGCUGAGGGGCUACGGUGGGGAAUGAAAAGGGGGAGGAAAGGGAAUAAACUCCCACCACGUUUUAUUACACUUCAGAAGGGAGUCCAAAACCUUGCUUGGCUCACACCAUCAGCUUCUGUCCCGAGUGCAGAGGGAGCAAAACUCUGCUUUCUCUCAUCUUACAACAAGCAGCUCAUGACAGACGUCAGCGCUGAGUACGGGUCUGUUUUCACUUUGUAUUGUAGGUCAGCUGGAGUGGGUUUUCCUGCACCCAGCUGCUCGCUGGAUAACGCCAUCUUUUUGACACAGUGAAUGCGGCUGUUGGCUGUAUAAUGUCCAGUUCAGAAACUGAUGAGUUAAGCUCGGGACCUUAGCGUGAAACUUUCAAUUCCUUUCUGUGUAAAGUGGAUAGUUUAGUCUUUGCGACCCACAGAACCAGUUAGAUUCAUUGAUGGGUCCAAGGGAUUGAUUUGUCAGCUCAAAGGAUUUAAGAAAUCAUUUUAAUUCAUUUCUCAAUAUUCUGCUGUUUAUAGGAAACAUUGUUAGCACGUUCCAUGACUCUAAGGUCCCUUCCUCCCCCGUUUUUAACACCUCUCUGUGUUCCUGCUGCUUCAGAUGAAAGAUUCGGGACCUUGCAGCUUCUCGGCCUGAUGGGAAAUGUGAGAUUGGGGUUUUAUGAACCUGAAGCCAAACCAGAAGUAAAUAAGGAAAGCAAAUAAGUGAUUUUUUUUUAAUGCAGGCUCUAAUUUCUCAGAAGCGCAGUGUUGUUACAGAACAGGAAGCCGUUCAGCACAUCACGCCUGGUUCUAUUCCCUCGCCAUGAUGUGGAGGAGCUGGUGUUGGACUGGGGUGGGACAAUGUGAAAAGUCGCCAGGUUAUAGUCCAAUAGGUUUAUUUGGAAGCACUAGCUUUCUGAAUGCUGCUCCUUCAUCAGGUGAUUGUCACCUGGAGCAGCGCUCAGAAAGCAAGUCCUUCCAAAUAAACCUGGUGUUGUGUGACUUUUGUUAAUUCUAUCUCUUAAAGCCUAUUCCUGCCUUCUCCUUCCACCCUAUUUCCAUCCAACCAAACAUCCAACACCCCUCUUCACUGAAUCUCCCUCUCCCAUGUUCCCCAGCGGUGUCUCCCACACCCUAACCCCUCGCUGGGUGAAAAUCUGUCUGUUUUCUCAUGUCACCCUUGCACGUCAUUUUAAAUCUAUGCCCCUCUCGUUCUCGUUCAUUCAGAAGCUCCUCCCUAUCCACUCCAUCUAGAUUCACUGCUGAUUUUAUCUAAUCUCUCGGGGAACACUUGCCUAACCUCGUCAGUUUGUUUUACUUUGAGGAUUUCAGGAGCUUGCCAGGUCUGUGCUGGAGAGGGCAAUUAUUCACGCGUUCCCUCUCUCUGUGUGUCUCUCUCUCUCUCCUGAUCAACUCCCCCAGUGCACUCAAUUCACAGAGAGUUUCAGCACAGAUAUGACGUGUGACCACCCAGUGCAGCUAACAGGGGGUAGCUCAAACCAUCCAGUCAUUUCUAACAAUGAGGGCAAUCUCAGAGAAGCUAAAGAACAAAAGAAAAGGACAGCCCUUUGACCCACCAAGCCUGUGCCUACCAUCAUUCCCUAAUUAAACCAAAAAACAUACCUUCUGCCCAUAUUAAGUCCGUAUCCCUCCAUCCCCUCCUUAAUCAUGUAACCAUCCAGAUGCCUCUUAAGGGUCACCAAGGUGCCUGUUUCCACCACCACUACAGGCAGUGCGUCCCAGGCUCUCUAUGUGAAAAAUUUCCCUUUCACAUCUCCCUUAAACCUGCCCCCUCUUACCUUGAACCUGUGUCCCCUCAUAAUUGAAACUUCAGCCCUGGGGAGAAGCCUGUGACUAUCCACCCUAUCUAUGCCUCUCAUAAUGUUGUAGACCUCUAUCAGGUCACCUGUCAACCACUGUCUUUCCACUGAAAGCAAUCCUAGUCUUUUUAAAUGUUCCUCAUAGCCAGUGCCCUCGAGACCAGGCAACAUUGUGGUGAACUUUCUCUGUACUCUCUCUCCCCAAAGCUUCCACAUCCUUCCGGGCGUGUGGUGACUAAAACUGCACACAGUACUCCGAACGCGGCCUAACGAGGGGUUUAUAUCACUGCAGCCUGGUUCACCAACUCCCUUCCUCCGUGCCCCGUUAGACUGGACAGGGUACACGCAGGAAGAAUGUUCUCCCAGAACCAAGGGGAACAAUCUGAGGACAUGGGCUGGGCCAAUUAGGACUGAGAUGAGCAGAAAUGUCUUCACCCAGAGAUUGGGGAGCCUCUGGAAUUCAUUACCACAGAAAACAGUUGAGGCCAAAGCAUUGAAUGUUUAAGAAGGAGUUAGAUACAGUUCUUCGGGCUCAAGGGAUCAAAGAGUGAAGUGGGAGCAGAGUUGGAUGAUCAGCCAUGAUCACACUGAAUUCCAGAGCAGUGUGGAGGGGCCGAGUGGCCUACUCCUGCUCUUCUUUGUCUCUCUGGACCACUCUUAGGUUUGGCCUCCAUUUACCACCUGGUCAGCUUGCUAUUCAGGAAUCUACGGG